CAGUAAUUGCAUGCUUUACCUUCCAUAGCUUUUGAUGCAUCCAAUGGCUUCACUUUUGUUGCCCUCUAAAGCUUUGGCUUUUCUCUCCUUCCCUGACACUUCUUGUUUGAGUUGCUGUUUUCUUCCUUCCCAUUCCUGUAGGACCUGGAUUCCCCUAGAUUCUUUCCUGAAGUGUUCUCCAUCUAGCUCCCCAAGUGCCCUCUGCUCUUUCAGACCUUUAAAACAUGGAACCACAUUAGAUUUAGUUGGAGAUACUUGUUUAGCAAAUUGAGGUUUUAGUUUUCUCAUGUGUCGCCAUCAAUGUUUGGCAUAAAGCUCACUCUGACACAUGUUUGUGGCCAUUGACUCUCUACUCUGUGGUGUUUGAUGUUGAGCAGGCCCUGCCAUACUUCUGAGACCAAUGACCCAGAAGCCAUGAAUCCAUUGGAGAAUCCCCCAAAUCCAGUUUUGGUGCAUGGACCCGUGAAGCUAACCAAGAAUGGUCGAACUAAGAAACACCAAGCAUUUCUCUACGACGAGGUCUUACUCAUCUCGAACUCCAAGUUCAAAAAGAAGUUCACCAUCAAAUACCGGGUUCCAGUAAACAACAUAUGGUUUGCUGAAAGUACUGUUGGCGAAGGUGACAGCCGCAAAAUAAAAUCUCUUCAGUGGGGAUGGCCAAUGCAGAAUUUUAACGCCGAAUUUUUGUCUGUGGCAUUUAAGGAAAAAUGGCAUCGUCUUCUGGAAAGAUCGGUCGUGCAUGCUAAGCAGUUGGAUGGUCUGCAUAACACCCUAGUGAAAAUCCAUGCAAGUGAUGUUAACAACACUUCUUGUUCUACUAUUUUAUCAGUUCACAAUUUAGAUACCAUCAGAGAUGUUAUCAAUUUGGCAUUGCCAGAGCUAGGAUUAACUGGCUCAGAAAGAGAUUACCAACUGUGGGUCCAUUAUGGCAAGACCGAGGCCCCAUUCCCACUCAUGGGCCAUGAAAAUCCGUACGCAAUUCAAGCACACUACCACCAAGCUUCACUCCAUCAGCAAGCACUGGGGAAGCCCACGUCUCCCUGCAGCCUUCUGGAGUCCAUCCCAGAGAUUUUAGCAGAUGGAAAAUUGCAAUUUAUCCUUAAAUGCCGAAACAAGACAAGACCCCAGGUUGGAGGCGGAUUUUUAAGAAAUUGUAUGUCUUGCUGGGGCGUUACAGCAGACCAGAACGACCUGUCCCAGGACACUGACUGUUAUGCACAGCCAAACGGGCUGGAAUUAGAAGACCUUACAGCAGUCACUUUGGAGAUGCUUCACUAUUUAAAGCAAAAAGGGCCAUCAACAAAGGGUAUUUUUCAAAACAUUGACGAUAUAAAGUCAUUUCUAUGUCUAAAGGAAAAAAUUAUGUUUGGAUAUAUAUUAAAUUGUGAGAAUGAGUCUCCACUUGUCGUGGCAGCCGCAUUAAAGGAUUGUCUUCGAAUAAUCCCUGGUACUCUUUUUACAACGGAACUCUAUGAUAAAUGGCUUCGUGUUCUUGAUGAGGAUGAGGAGAAAGUCACAGAAAUCAAAAGGCUCUUACAAAACCUGCCCGUAUGUAACUUGGAUAUCCUCAGACAGUUAUUUUCGUGUUUGCAUGAGAUUUCUAAACAAGCAUCCUUCAACCUCAUGAGCGCACCAAAGUUAGCUUUUUGCAUCACAACAAGUAUAUUUCCGCUCUGGACAUCUACAUCAAAUUUGGAAAGUGAAUUACUUAAAAAGAUAUCUAUCGUUGAGUUUUUUAUUGAAAACUAUGCACGAAUCUUUGAAGAACAUAAUGAUUUGCUGCUUAGAAAGAGCUGGGAAAAUCCCAGUACCAGCUUUGGGAGCAGCACUGAACAGGAUAAAAUUGUGUGGGAACCAGAAAACAGCACAGAAUUGACAUCGAAUACCAGUCUGGAUUCGGGCACAGAUCCAGAAUUGACAUCGAAUACCAGUCUGGAUUCGGGCACAGAUCCAGAAUUGACCUCAAAUACCGAUGUGGAAUUGAGCAGUGAUCUAGAGAUCCUGAACGCCACGAUGGAUUCAACCUCAGACUCAGAUGAUGUCCUACCAAUAUGGAGUCUGAUGCCUUGUCAGAUCAUGUAAUAUGGCUACCAACAUUGACCCAGAGCCAGAGAAACAACCCAGCAACUGGAAAACUAAAUGAUUUGCAACAAGGCUCAAGAAAUCUUACUAACUGAAGACACAUCUAGUAUGGGGCCACACAGCUCUUCAAAAUAUUUUCUGCAUAUUCAAGUUUUAUUAUUUUUCACACUUCUGUAUGACUGAUUUUCCUAAAUUCCAAUAUUAGGCCAGCUACUUUAGAACAAAAUGCAAAAUAUUCAAAUUUAGAUGAAAUUUAUGUCCAGAAAUAGCCAACACGUUUGUUAAUCAACUGCAUAGGAAUCACCACAAACUGAAUCACCACAAUUUCUUUUAGCAUUGAUAAACUUCAUACAGAUCUUCAUGCAGUAAGAAGCUGUUUGCAAAAUACCAGCUUAAUUAUUUUCACACUUUAGUUUCCAACAUUAUUGUUCAAGGGGAUGUGACAGUUCCUACAUUUCAAUUUCAAG